UUUAUCGCUUUUUCUCAGAUAAUUAAUAGUAUAGUAGUGUUUUUACUGUGUUAUCGAAAAUUAUACUUGAUUUUCCUAUUAUGCAAUUAACUCUUCUGUAAUGUAGAAAUGGGAGCUUCUUCUUCCAAAUGUCCACCGAAUGGAGGCCUUCGAGUGCAUAGAGUCUAUCCCAACGGUCCUGGAGAUGUUGCCGGUGUUGAACCCUUUUUCGACUACAUAUUAGAUGUCGAUGGUUACACAUACACAGACGACUCGGAUGAGACUUUGAACCUUUUCACUAAAUAUGUGAACGACCAUGAGAACCAACAGAUAGCCUUGUCAAUAUAUAACGCUCGCAAGAAGAACAUUCGGGACGUAUACAUCGUUCCUCAGAAGUGGGAUGGGAUCGGGUUGCUUGGACUAACACUGAAGUUCGGGUUGUUUAACUGUCUGGAUGAGGGCGCACACAUUGUUCACGUUUAUGAUAAGUCACCAGCACAAAAAGCGGGACUCAUGCCAAUAACUGACUAUCUCUUGGGGACAAAUUUACAGUUAUUUUAUGGUCUAGAUUGUGUUCGGAUCCAUGUGGCCAACAAGGUGGACAAGGAGGUUGUUUUGAUUGUGUAUAACAGUGUUACUGAGACUGUUAGGAGAGCCUUAAUUGUGCCUCGAGAAAAUUGGGGUGGAAGAGGCACACUAGGAUGUGAUCUUGCAAAGGGUUAUAUCCACCGCAUACCAUAUGUUAAAUCGCUAUUCACUUACCCUACCAUCGAAACUUUCCCCUCAAUCAACUCUCAGGCUACCAGUACCUCUAAGGAUGUUGUUGAUACCAUUGAUCUCUCAGUUGGAAAUGUUAACAACUACUAUGCAAACACUGAAAACAGCACCAUUCGAGAUGAUUUGUCUUCCUCAGAAAGACAUAACCUGUCAGUGAGUUCAGAUUCUGGUAGACCAGAACAAAAAAAAGUCGAGCUUGAGGUUGAGAAACUCCGUGAACACAAAGACGAUAAUACCCUUGAAAAUGUUUCCCUAAAUAAACAAUUUUCUGAAAUUAACCUCAGUCCGGAUGAUUCUUCCAGCAGUUUACUAGAUGUUAGCUCAAGUAAUGACUCCAAUGAUACGACUAAUGAUAAUUUGGAGUCCAGCUUUGAACCCCCUGAGAAGACUGAAGAGGACGAUGUGUUGGUUGAAGAACCACUUGUAUAAUUAAAUUUCAAAAAUAAAAUAGUAUAAAUGGUAGUUUAAUUUUUAAUAUAUUAUUAUUCUA